AUGGCUUGGAUACGCCUUUUCCACCCCCAAGAACCUGUGUACAAGGAACUAUGUGUGGAAUUCUUGGAUAUUGUGUAUUUCACUAAGAAAAAAGGAGUCAAUGAUAGAAAAAACAUCACGUUUUUCUUAGGAGGAGAAAGAAGAGAACUAAGUUUGGUGGAUUUUGCUAUGAGGACGAAUCUUUAUCUACCAUAUGAAGUUUACAGUGAAUCAUACAUUGAGUUUAUUUUUCAAUGUCUCACUUUAAAUGAAGAAUUCAAGGAAGCCAACUAUUGGCCUAGUAUUGCAAAUAGAGUGUACCAAAAUAGGGACAACCCAAGAAAGUGA